CCAAUAUCCGCCGACCCUAGACUUGAUUUCAGCGUAAUUCAGACGACCGCUUUGCACAUGAUCGUGCCGGCGCUCAUGCUGCUGCCGCGCGUCCGGCCAUCACGAAUGAGCCUCAGCGUCCACUUUGCCAAAGCGAUCGACAGCAUCGGGAUCUUCUUGAGUGUCGUCUGUGCUGUCCUCAUGGCGGUGGACCUCAUCGGCAACAACUGGGAGCUCAACGACUUUGUCGGAAACGCCAAACACUUUACAACCCCGCUCCUGGACGCCAGGACGCGGGACCGUGUCAGCUCACUUUACGCCUUCCCCGACCAUGCGUCGCCCACGGCCAUCUCGCCCGUCGGCCAAUUCAUGCUAGACAUGGCUCUCGAGCACGUGCACAACCCCGAAAAGUUUUACCUCUUGACCAUGAGCUCGUACGAGAUCCAGGACAAAGCGAACGACAUUUGUGGCCGUCUGACGGGGUCGUACCCAGUCGACACUGCCGUCAACGACACCGUGCGCAUCGGAACCAUUCGAGACGAGGUCACGUUUGUGCGAGGAACAGCGCUGAGCCAUCUCCUGGGCACGACGCGCUCGUCGCCCCCGGCCGCCGUCGGUGCCACCGUUGCAACGCUGGAAGCCAUGGGGUACGAGCUCGCGCGCGUCGGUCUCGACAUGCGGUUCACCACAGCAUUUCAAGUCGACGCAUCGGAACAGGUCGUGGCUCUCAACGUGACAAUGUACCGACUGUACAGCAAAGCGUUUUGUUCGGGAUGCCGGCCAAACACGGAGCUGGGGAUGGUCACGUGCGAGAUCGAGUACUCGUACAACGCGGCAACCAAGCGUGUCGAGAUCGCUUCAAGUCGUGCACAUUUUGGCCUGCGCCACAAAGCAGGCAUCAUCAUGACGCGACGGCUUGGGCCGAUUGUGUCGCUGUGGGUUCGCAUCUUGACUGUCCUGAUGGCGUUUGGUACGUUUACCAUGUCCAAGAAGAGUGUGAGGUGGACGGACGCGCUCACAUUGACCAAGUGGCGCACCCGCCUCAUGCACAUGGUCGCCCCCCCGCUGUAUCGCUGCGCGUCGCACGCGAUGGGGUUUGUCUACUUUUGUGCCAACAGCGACGUGGUGGUCCUGGCGUUUUCGGGGGCGACGCUUUUUGAUGAAGACGUCGCCAUGGUGUAUGCCCGCGUGGCCACCAAUUGGUACUCGAACGCCCCGUUCGAUCUAUGGAUGGAGCUGCGGCUACGCGCGCUGUCGAUUCGAUGGCUGUGGUUCAACUUGGCCCUGCUCAAGCUGGUCAAGUGCCUUUGUAACCUCGUCAGCGUCCACCGGACAAACGGCGCCAACGUCGUCAUGGGAUGGCUCAACUUCAGCUCGAUCCCGUGGAUAUACACGACGGUCGGUGCGGUCUUUCUCCGCACCGACUUCAUCGAGUACGGCAAUUCGGUGCGGGUUGACGUCACCGCCAACCAGCACAACAUUGAGUCUGUCUAUGUCGAGUUUGAAAGCAGUUGGUACAUGCGAGGCAUGCCGUCGUUGAUCUGCCUCCUCCUGGGCAACCUGCUCCUCGUUCUGGGCAUCAACCACAUCGUCCUGCGCAAGUGGUGGCGUGUCGUUGCCAACAACUCGCUGGCUCGCCAGCACAUGUACAACUCGACGUCGAUCGUUCUCAACAAGGAGCUCAUGAUCGAGGCAGAGGGCCUCCACUCGAUCGUGGCCAUCCCGGCCGCCGAACUCAGUACGAUCCAAUGGUUUUUCUCGAGUCACUUGGUCUGCUUUGGGUUACCCGAAGACCCCGCUGCGAUUCGACGCCUUGUCUCGACAAAAGUCGGCACUACGAUCGUCACAACCACCAGCAUAGGGGCCGGCACUUCCAUAAGUCCGCUGGUGCGUGGAGAGACCCGGGGCAAGCUGCGAGUAAGCCCGUCCAAGGACAACAUCCUUCAGUGCAAGGUGCAGCCGGCAUCGACAAAAGAUGUGACGGACAAAAAGGCAGGUACCGCCGACACGAUGGAGUUUCACUUCCUCGUGCAAGAUCGGGACGGGUGUUUGCGUUUGUACGAUGGAGACAAGCGAGAGAUUCAGUCUAUCGGCAUAGAAUCGAAGGUAGUGAAAGGGGCUGUCCUGCAGCUCGGAUGAUGAAAUAGCGCCCCAUGCCAUGUAAACGCAGUGCAUCGUGUGCUUUGGCCCAUUCCCAGGACAGAGCACUUGGCCACCAUUCUCGCCAACAUGCCAAUGUGGCCCGUCCAUCUGAGUUACUAGAACGAUACCAACCCAUUCAACAAACCGGUUCACUACGC